AUCCUGUGAGUGAGUAAUUCCAGGAAACUCACAUUACAACUCAGCAGAUUGCUGCGUUCGCCGCUGUCGCGCGCGCCUCCCCGCCAGCGGGCAGCCUCCACUUUCGGCUGCCCCAUCCCGAGUCCCUUCUCGGGGCACGGCUCCGGGAGGCGGCGGCUGGAGGCCGAGGGGGGACCCCGACCCGUCACCCCGGGCGGCGGCGGCGGAGAGCCAGCGAGAAGGGGACGAAGGGGACUCUCCGAGCGAGUAGGAGAAGUGGGGUCUCCAGCCCCGAGGGCACCAGACCCAAAAAUGUCUACAGAUACCUUAUCCAGCAAAGCACUAAAGAUCAAGCGCGAGCUGGGCGAGAACACGGGCCCGCAUCUGUCGGACGAGGAGCUGAUGGCGCUGUCGGUGCGGGAGCUGAACCACCACCUGCGGGGCCUAUCCAAGGAGGAGGUGGCGCGGCUGAAGCAGCGGCGCCGCACGCUCAAGAACCGCGGCUACGCCGCCAGCUGCCGCGUCAAGCGCGUGUGCCAGAAGGAGGAGCUGCAGAAGCAGAAGAGCGAGCUGGAGCGCGAGGUGGACAAGCUGGCCCGCGAGAACGCCGCCAUGCGUCUCGAGCUCGACGCCCUGCGCUCCAAGUACGAGGCGCUGCAGGGCUUCGCGCGCUCCGUGGCCGCGCACGGCGGGCCCGCCGCUAAGGUGGCGCCCGCCAGCGUCAUCACCAUCGUCAAGUCAUCUGCCAGCGCUUCCACCGCGGCCUCCAGUCCGGCCGCGUGCUCCUCGUGACCGCGGGUCCCAUCCCUGCGCGGAUAGGGGGGUCCAGACCCCGCCCCCGCCCGGGCCCCGCCCCCGACUCAUCCCCGCUCCGCUGACAGGGUGGCCUGGUCCUUGUCCCGCCCCCCGAUCCCUUCCCCGUGCAGAUAGGGCGGCCCUGCUCUAGGCCCCACCUCUGGCCCUCUCUGUGGAUAGUGUGGCCUGACCUAGGCCACGCCCCCUGAUCUCAUUCCUCCUAUUCUUUCCCAACGUCCCGCCUCCUGGUCCAAGCCUUAACACCUACAGGGCCCCGCCCCUCCCCCAGGCCCUCCCGCUGGCCCCGCCUCUCCCAGCUCCUACUUCACGUGCUCGGGUUCGGUUCCUUGUGCAGCCCCGGCCCGGACCCAGCGCUCCUUCCCCGUUUGGCCCUCUCCAGCCCUGGGUAGGGCUUCGGGCAGGGGCGGUAGCUCGUGGGCCCCCCGUGGGGACACCGGGGGAGGGAAGCAAGUCCCUUCUCCACGCUGAAGUUAAAUCAGCGGGCAUCGAUUAGGUGCCCACUUUGUGCCAAUUUGGGGACGUGGAGCCCUCCGCUCCCGGCUCUCCCCCCUGCAGCUGGAAGAUGGGCUCCCAGGAGGCCGUGGGCCACCCCUCUCCCAGGCACGAGCUGGGGCGCCGUCCCAACAUCCCCCUCCCCCUUAUUUUUCUUUUCUUGGCCCUUUGGAAGCAGGUUGGAAACUGGCUUGAGAGUGUGGGAGCCCUUCCUGGGGGAUGGGGGCUUCCAGAGGGGGUGCAGACAGACCUUCCAAGCCCCCAAGAGCUGACCCUCGCUUCUUCCCAGGGCCCGGGUCUCCUGGGAGAUUCCCUAGAAUUAUUCCUGGGCUUUCCGAGGAUGGAGGUGGGGUGGGGGGGGGCUCUGGGAGGCCGGGCAGUCUGCCCAGGAUGAGCACUUAGAGCCAGGCAGGAUGGCUUUUUGAGCUGAUGAGGGUGUGGGAUGGGGUACACAGCAUAAAAUGCGCCCCCUCCCGCUUCCAGUCAGGAAGGGCUGGGAUCCCACUCCCGUGAGCACUUUUGGGGAGGAGGGGGCUAAGAUUCUAGGGUUUCUGGUCUUCCAAAGCAGCAAAGCCUUUUGGGGCCCCCUCCUCUAACCACAUCCCCAGCCCUCCUUGCCCAGCUGCUCCCCUCCCUCGUCUGGUCCCAACCUCUUUUUUAUUUAUUGCACAGAUGUAAGUUAUUCUCUGCCACAGCUACCAGCCCACCUUACUGGAGCCCAGUCUGGGUGGGAAAGUGGACGAGUGGACGUUAUAUUUUAUAUCUUCAAAUAAAUCACAUUUUAUCUUAUAUGUAACAGAAGACCUUGAGAAAUGCCCUCUAGGGGUUCCAGAAUUUAUUUAUUUUCUGACUUACAGUAAGCGCUGCUCGCCUCCUGUAUUUUGUAGACUUUCUGAAUAAAGCAAGUUCUUUUUCACUGA